AUGGGCUCUAGCGAUACGACCGACAAUGGGUCAAAAUUCAUUCUGACGGCAGACGCCCUCAAUAAAGCUCUGCCCAACAUGAGCAUGGCAACGAGAGCAGUUCACGCCGAUGACUUCGUCAGUCCACACCGUGCCAUUGCUCCCGCAAUGCACGUCGCAGUCAACUUUCGAUAUGCGAGAGACCCCGAAGACCUGGUCCCAGAAGAGAACAAAGAUCCAAAUAACCCCCAUGAUUCACAUGUGUACUCCCGUUACACAGCGCCCAACUCCAAACGAUUGGAAGUUCUCCUUCGUAAUAUCAUGGGCGGAGAGGUGAUUACUUACUCGACGGGUCUCUCUGCUUUUCAUGCUAUGUUUAUCCUGCUCAACCCGAAAAGAAUCUUUAUCGAGGAUGGAUAUCACGGAUGCCAUGGUGUUCUUGAUAUCAUGCAGAGGCUGAGUGGGGUCCAGAAAUUUGACUUGUCGCAACUGGACCAAGCGGGCCCGGGUGAUAUCAUUCAUGUCGAGACGCCACUCAAUCCGACCGGUGAAGCGCGGAACCUCGCAUACUACCGUGAGAGGGCAACCGAGAAAGAUGCCUAUCUGACUGUUGACGCAACUUUUGCGCCUCCUCCUCUUCAGAACCCUUUAGAUCUUGGUGCGGACAUUGUCAUGCACAGUGGUACCAAGUAUGUCGGGGGCCAUUCAGAUAUGCUUUGCGGUCUUCUAAUCAUUCACCCUGACCGCGUGGAAAAGGAUGGAUGGCUGAAGAAGCUACACAAGGAUCGCCAAUACAUAGGCAAUGUGAUGGGGAGCUUGGAAGGCUGGCUCGGUAUCCGAUCUGCUCGGACGAUGCACCUUCGGGUCUCCAAACAGUCACAGACAGCGGAGAGGCUGGCUGGGUGGGUACAUGACCAGUUAAAGGAUCCGAAGAGUGUUGUCAGUCAAGUCGUAGAUCAAGUCAAGCAUGCCUCGCUUCAAGUGGAUGACUUGAAAGACGGUUGGCUUCGAAAGCAAAUGCCCGGAGGCUUUGGACCCGUAUUCUCAAUGUGGGCCAGGAAUGCAGCUUUCGCCCGGCAACUUCCAAGUCGUAUGUUCAUUUUCCAGCAUGCGACCAGUCUUGGUGGGGUUGAAAGCUUGAUGGAAUGGCGGGCAAUGAGCGAUGCAUUAUGCGACGACAAAUUAUUGAGGAUUAGUUGUGGUAUCGAGGAGUUUGAGGAUCUACAGGCCGAUAUCCUGCAAGGCGUGCAGUCAAUUUUGCGCAGUUCUCAUUCAUAG